GAUUUCCGCUCCCUCUGUUAACAUUAACAAAAUUAUUUAUUGGAUCUUGACUAGACAAUUUAAACUAGAUUCUAUAAUCUAGAUCUGAAUCUAGAUAUAGAUUUAGAUCUUGUACAAUAAUCCUAAUAAUUUCAUACAUCUAUUCCCCACCAUUUUCACUUAGGUGAUGGCAUGCUCUUGCAUGGAGCUGGCCCUUGAAGGGGAGCGACUGUGUAAAGCUGGGGACUGCAGGAUGGGUGUAGAGUUUUUUGAAGCUGCAGUGGAAGCUGGUACAGAUGACCUCAAGACUUUAAGUGCUAUCUAUAGUCAGCUGGGAAAUGCUUACUUCUACCUCCAGGAUUAUGCUAAAGCCUUGGAGUAUCAUAAACAUGACCUCAAUUUAGCUAGAACAACUAACGACAAAAUUGGGGAAGCAAAAGCCUCUGGUAACCUCGGCAACACAUUGAAGGUGAUUGGUCGUUUUGAUGAGGCCAUAGUUUGUUGUCUUCGUCACCUGGAGAUUUCUAGAGAAGUUGAGGACAAGGUUGGAGAGGCCAGAGCUUUAUACAACUUGGGUAAUGUGUGUCAUGCCAAGGGGAAGCAUCUUGGUCGUCAUGGAAACCAGGAUCCUGGGGAAUUUGCACCAGAAGUGAAAGAAUGCCUACAGAAAGCUGUUCAGUAUUAUGAUGAAAACUUGGACCUAGUGAAAGUUCUGGGGGACAGAUCAGCUGAAGGAAGAGCUUGUGGUAACCUAGGCAACACACACUAUCUCCUUGGCAACUUCUCUCAGGCUAUUAUGUUCCAUGAACAGAGGCUUUCAAUAGCCAAGGAAUUUGGUGACAAGGCUGCUGAGAGGCGAGCAUACACCAACUUAGGCAACGCCCACAUUUUUCUUGGAGACUUCGAACAUGCAGCUGAUUAUUACAAGAAAAGUCUGCAGAUAGCCAAACAACUGGGUGAACGGGCCUUGGAGGCUCAAGCCUGCUACAGCCUGGGUAACACUUACACACUGAUGAGAGACUUUGAGACCUCCAUCAGAUACCAUCAGCGCCAUCUGUUGAUAGCCCAGGAGUUGUUUGAUCGUGUGGGAGAGGGGCGGGCUUGCCAGAGUCUGGGAAAUGCCAAUUGUGCUUUAGGGAAUCACAAACUUGCUGUUCAGUUUGCCAGCCGACAUCUGGAGAUUUCUAAAGAGAUUGGAGACCAGACUGGCUUGAUGACAGCACAGAUGAACCUGGCCGACCUGAAGGACAUAAUGGGAGAUCCCUCAGGGUCAUUAAGUGGAGCAGACAAACAUGAUAGUGCCUUUGGGUCUCGUGCCACAGACAAGUCUAGAAGGUUCAGCAUGGAGAACAUGGAGCUUAUGAAACUAACUCCAGACAAAAAGAUUGUGAAGCAGGUGAGUGGAGGUGCCAGACAAAAAGUUCACAAGUCUGCCAGUGUGGCUGUAGAUAUAGGAGUGGAGCAGAAGAUUGCACCGGUAGGUUUACAGAAUGGGUCUGGAGAAGACUUUGAUGAUGACGGCCUGUUUGACUUGCUGACAAGAUUUCAAAGUCGACGCAUUGAUGACCAGCGCUGUUCUCUGAGACUGCAUGACCAACCUGAGGAUGAUGAGAGUAAAGAUGUUAGACUAGUGUCAUCACCAGCAAGUGAGAAGUUGAUGGAUAUGGUUGCUGGCUUUCAGGCUUCUAGAAUGAAUGACCAAAGAGCUAGUCUGCCUACUUUUCCUGGACUGACAUCUCAAGCAGUUAUAGGCCAGCUGUUGAGCAACACUGCAGAAGAGAACAGAAAAAUGCCAGAUGACAGUUUUUUUGAAAUGCUUAUGCGUUGCCAGGCCACACGGCUGGAAGACCAGAGAAGCUCUUUACCCCAAGAAUUGUCCGCCCCUACAGUGCCUGAUGAGGAUUUUCUUAGUUUAAUUAUGCGAGUGCAGUCAAGUAGAAUAGAUGAACAAAGGUCAGACUUACCACAAAGAAAUACAUCAGGGGCAACUACUCCAGGAAAAAAGAAGAAAAAAGGGACAUAAUUGUUUGUUGAUGUUUUCUCUUAUAAUUUUAAACUAGAAAUAGAUAUGAAGUAUCAUAUCUACUUACUUAAGUGUUAAAGCUUUAUGCAGAUCUUGAGUCAGCUACCAAAACACUUGAUAUGACUGAGUUCAGAUGUUCAUUGAUAUAUUGUCUAGAUAACUGUGCUAGUGUCAUUUUUGUUUCAAUGCAUUUUGGCAGGCCCAUACAUCAGUUGGAUGAAAUGGUUUAUCCUUAUUAUCUAAAUUUGUUAUAUAUAUGAACAAGAUCUGUUAACUUUUUGCAUUUAUGAGCGAAUUCUGUGUGGUUGACUGUUGACAAAGUAGGCUUAGAAUUUAUUUUACACUAACCAGUCUUAAGACUUUUGGUCAUGUGACCGGUCUUGUUGACUAUAAUUAUAAGUGCAAUACAUUUUAAUACCUACCUGUUGAGAUACACAGAAAUGUGCCAUUUGAACAAAUGUUUUUUUAUUUCACGAGUCAACUUCUGAUUGUUGUAAAUUGAACUGUUACACCAUCACUCUGUAGAGACUUAUUAUUUGAAUUAUCUACUGGAUGGAAACUUCAUUUUUUAGUUUCAUAUAUAGCCACAUUUAGAAUAUGAUUUAGAAUAAAUUUGACUCUAAUUUA